AUGGCGCCCGGCAAGCCGCGGGUUCUUUUCCGGGUCAUGGAGAACGGGGAGUCGCUGGGUUUGCGGGCCCUGCGCAGGGAGUUCGGGCGCUACGGGGAGGUGGUGUGCGCCCUGAUCCGCGUGGACUCGGCGCGGCAGCCCUUGACCGUGGAGAUCGAGUUCUCCAGCAGCAAGGACACGCUGCGCGUGAAGGGCUGGACGGGGAAGGGCUGCCACCUGCCGCUGUACAAGCCGGAGGGCCUGGUGGACGCCUUCCGCAGAGACGCCGACUGCGCCUUCCUUUGUUAUGCGGACAACUUCGACAAGCGGGUCAACAGCUUCAAGGACCUUGCGUACUUCGCCCAGUACGUCACAGACUGGUGCUCUGCGAGCCUAAAGACCUGCAGUCUUUGUUGGUCCCCCACCCGGGGCGUCUUCGCGCAAAUGGAGUGCGUGCAGAAGGCAGACCAGGAGCGGGUGAUCAGCAAGUUGAUGACCGAGCUCUAUGGUGGCAAGCGGCUGUCGGUCUCCUCGGUGGCCGGCGGGGACUACCAGGGCGUGGUGGAGAAGUCCUACCGCGUGGACUGGUCCGUGGUGGCGUCCGAGGCGGCGGUGGCGGGCAUCGAGCAGAAGGAGGCGGUGAAGCUGGAGAAGCUCGAGAAGCUGGCCAGAAAAGCGGCAGAGAAGAUGGAGAAGAAGAAGGAUAAGAAGGAGAAGAAAGACAAGAAGGAGAAGAAAGAGAAGAAGGGCAAGAAGGACAAGAAGGACAAGAAGAAAAAGAAGGACAAGAAGAAGGAGAAGAAAAGCAAAAAGGACAAACAGGACAAGAAGGAGAAAGCCCCGAAGAGCCAGCCGAAGGUGCAAGAAGACACCAUAGCGAGCCUCCCCGAGCCCGAGUCCAGCGAGGAGCCGAGUUCGGAGGUGGCCCCGGAAGGCCGGAGAUUCGCCUGGGAGACGUCGUCUUCCUCUUCGGAGCCGCCGCCGCCCAAGAAGCGCAAGGAGGUGGACCUCAAGUCAUUCGGACCCAUGGCGGCUCUGGCCGGCUCGGACGAAUCCUCGUCCUAG